AUGCUAAAGGAGAAUGAAAUAAUUCAGCAUGUUCUUCUAACCAUAAACAAGACUAAAGGGAAUCUAGAGACUUUCAAAUCUGGCAUUGUUAAUGGCGACUACACUUCUCAAACACCAUUUUUUACACGAACGCUUGUUUGGAAAGUAUGUUUGAUUACAAACAGUUUGAAUAUAAACGAAUGGGAAUCAAGAUUACACGAUUCUCGCGUUGUAUAUCAUCAAUUGACCAAACGUGGCGAUAUGCAAGUGCCAUGGUGGGAAUUAUCUUGUGACCAUUAUUUUUAUAAAACUAAAGAAGAGCUGACCCACAGAACCCUUCGAAGAACCCAUUCUCAAUCAGGUUCAGUUAGACAAAUACCGCAGAGACAAUCUUCAGUAAAGAACUCCUUGGCCAGAGUAAGGGCUAAUGAUGAUCCCUUGUCUACCAGUAGAAGUUCAACCCCCCUGCCUAGUGAAGUUACUCCUACAGAACAAGACAUUGAACUACUUGAGGCAAUUAUUCUUGAUAUCGACCGACUAUUCCCUGGUGAAGACUUUUUUCAACCAAACCAACCCCAUUCACUUUCAGUUAAGAGACAACUCAUUGAAAUCUUGUAUGUUUGGUCAAAAUGUAAUUUAGGCUAUAAGCAGGGAAUUCAUGAAAUUUUAGGGUUAAUCUACCAUCUGUUAUACAAGGAGUCUAUACCUAUUCCGCAAACAAAUACAAUUUCUGUGGAUGAUUUGAAAAUCCUCAAGCUCUACGAUCUGAACUACCUUCUGCAUGAUUUGUUCACUAUCUUGAAUGCAUUCUUGAUGAAAUCGGGCGCUUUUGCCAAGUUCUAUGAGAAUGAAUCAAAUUUAUUAACUACCAUUGAUGAUUUCAAUAUUAAACUUAUGAAAAUUGACCAGUUUAUUCAUUAUAACUUGACUGCGAAACUUAAACUUGAGUCUCAACUAUGGAUAAUCAGAUAUUUGCGGCUUGUUCUUUUACGUGAGAUUAUAGAUUUAGAAACCACCGCGUCAUUAUGGGAUAAGCUAGUUGCAUCUCCGGCCAUAAUGCCUGAUCUCGUCUUAUUCAUGAUUAUCCAACUUCUAAUCCAGAUUAAAACCGACCUUAUAGCUAGUGAUUUCAGUGAAUGUCUUUCGUUACUCCUUCACUACCCUACAGGAAAAAUCACUCAUAAUCCUGCAGAUUUCAUAAACAAUUUAUACAAGGACUCAUUCAAAUUGUAUGAAUAUAGAAAUGAUGAUUUGAAAUUGUAUGAAUACGGAAACAAAUUGAAUGCAAAGUAUAAUCCUAAUUUGAAAAUUUCAAUGAGCUAUACCAGUAGUGGAAGAUCGAGCAUUUCCUCAAUUAAUUCAAAUGGAUCAAGAGCUUCCACAGAAGUUCAUGGAGGUCCCAGCCUAGAUACUAAGGCUGAAAAAUUGCAAUUUGAGAAAAUGAGAUUGGAAAUGAGAUUAAAGAAGAAGGCUCAACUGAUGCUUAGACCAAGAGAAUAA